AUGGAUAUCUUGCAUCCAACAGAGGAAGCUCUCGCUUUCAAGGAAGUCACUACAAGCCAAAUGGUCAUUGAGGAUGCAGAGCAGAAGCUGGGCGAUUUCAACGUAACUCUGAAAUCUCUUUCCGUUGAAGCCAAGGAGCUCCAUGCUGCAGCAAGAGACUUGGUAAAGGAGGCUUUGUUCAACCAUGAAGAGGGCCACAAGAAGGUUACAAAGUCCGAAUGGACGGAUGAGCAAUACGAGCAGAGCCUGCAAAACUUGGCCGCGAGACAAAGCAAACCGUGGGAGACUUUGAAAACCAAGGCUGAAGAAAUGCGCGUCAAACUCGAGGGACCGUACAAGUUGGUGGUGGCAAGCAAGAACAGUUGCACCCGUGCGGCUCGUGGCUCAUGGUUGGGAUUUGCCACUUACGACCAAAAGGAACUUCGAAGGGUCUUGGAUCACAAGCUCAAGUUGGAAUUUGAGGACGCGGCCUUGGCCUAUGCGUCCCUAACAGAUUACCCCGAUGGGUUGUUGACUCAAGUGGAGCUUCUCUUCAAGAAGGCACAGGUUGUCUUGGGAACGGACAAAAGCGAGGCCAAGUAA